GGACCCUGGGAGUGAGAAAUAAGAUUAUGGUUACCAUGGUGAUCAUUAUGGUGGUGAUGAUGAAGACGGUAAUGAUGGUGGUUAUAAGCUGUGAUGUGAUUAGAGUCUCACGUGCGCUGCUGUGAUUUUGUUGCAGGGUGGAGAGAAGAGCAAGCCGAGGGGAAACCCUGGCUCGAAGAGGCAGCGCAAGAGGAUGCACUGUGCCAUAAGACUAGAAGCUGAGCGCCAGAUACGGGAGCUUGAGAUGAUCCUGCUGGAUCGUUGUGCACAGCAGCAGGCCAAGUAUCAGCAGGAGCUGCUGGAAUUCCAGAACAGCACCGAGCUGAAGAGCUUCAUCAUCCACCACCAGCAGCAAAAGGCAGAAGAGCAGCAGCAGGCAGAAGUCAACGCUAGUAAUGAGGAUGUGCAGCAGACAUGUCAAAAUAGCAAGAAGGUUGAGAACGAGAUGGAGGAGAUGGAGAAAGUGGGGGAGAGAAAUUGUAUGAAGAGAAAACGUGGGAGUAGGAAGAAACAUAAGAACAAGAAGAAAGUUCUGGAGGAGACGGUGAAAGAAGAGGUGGCUGAGAGAGAGGGGAGUGAGGGAAAGCCCAUGCAGGAAAUGGUGGAGGUUGGGAUGAUUGAGGUAGAGAUGAUUGAGACAGUGGCUUUGGAGGAUGUGAUGAAGGAGGUAGAGUUGAAUAAGGUAGAGGUGUUAGAAGGAGAUGGCAAGCGGGAAUUAGCGAAUGAGGCAGAGGUAGUGGUGAUUGAGGUAGAAGCAAUGGCAAAGCAGGAAGUGGUGGAAGAGAUAGCGGCCAAUGUCAUAGAUGGGAUUGAGAGAGAUGCAAAACAGGUAUUAGCAGAAGAGAUAGAGCCAAAUGAGGUAGAUGGGAAUGAGGGAAUAGCCAAUCAGGAAGUGGCAAAGAAAGUUGCGAAUGUUGUGGAGACAAAGAAAGAGGGAGAGGAUUGUGUUCAGAGGAAACGUAGGAAUAGGAAGCUACGAAGGACUAAGAUUAACGUUCUGGAAGUAGAAGAGAUGAAGGAAAACGAGAUUGAGAGAGAAGGGAAUGAUGGAGAGCCCAAAAAGGAAGUGGCGAGUGAGGUAGCGGUGAUAGAUGCAGUGGCCACGCAGAAAUUUGUGAAAGAGGUAGUGGUCAAUGUCCUAGAAGGGAUUGAGAGAGAUGCCAAGGAGGACUUAGGGAAAGAAGUAGAGGCAAGUGAGGUAGAUGGGAAUGAGGGAAUAGCCAAACAGGAAGUGGCUAAGAAAGUUGACAAUGUUGUGGAGACAAAGAAAGAGGGAGAGGAUUGUGUUCAGAGGAAACGUAGGAAUAGGAAGCUACGAAGGACUGAGAUGGAAGUUCGCGAAGUAGAAGAGAUGAAGGAAAACGAGAUUGAGGGUGAGGGGAAUGAUGGAGAGGCCAGGAAGGAAGUGGUGAAAGAGGUAGUGGCCAAUGUCGUAGAAGGGAUUGGGAGAGAUACAAAGCAGGAAUUGGUGAAACAGGUAGAGGCAAUUCAGGUCGACACGAUUGAAGAAAAGGCCUUGCAGGUCUUGAUCAAUGAGGUAGAUACGAAUGAGGUAAAGGCCAAACAGGAAAUGUCAAAAAAAGUUGAGAACGUGGUGGAGGAGAUAAAACAGGAAGGGCCAAAGGAGGUUGAGGCAUAUGUAGUAGAUGCCAUCCAGGAAGUGGCAAAAGAGGUAGAGGAGAUUGAGGGAGAGUCCAAGCAGGAGGUGGUUACAGAGGUGGAGCCGAAUGAGUUGGAGGCGAAUGACAUAGAAGUGAUUGAGGUAGAAGUGGAGGUAGGGGCUAUUGAGGUGGAGGAGAGUGAGGCGAUUUUGGUAGAGGUGAAUGGUGUAGAGGCAAUAGAGCUAGAGGCAAAAGAAGUAGGAGCUAUUGAGUUAGAGGCAAAUGAGGUAGAGCUGAAGGAGGUCAACAUGACUGAAGACGAUACAAAGCAGGAAGUGGUGAAUGGGGAAGGGAGAUGCGAGCAACCUUGGAGGCCAGACAUUGUUCAGGAAGAGAAGAAAGAUAUUAAGCACAUCCCAUCUUCUAAGGGAGAGAGAAAGAACAGUUUCUGGCGUUGGGCAAUUUGGAGCUUCCUGGGCUGCACACGGCAGCUGGAGAACGAUGAGGAAGAGAAGAAUGAACGAGGAGGAGACAGAGGGAAGGAGCGCCAAGACCAGGAGCUGGGAAACAAGAAGAAAGAAAAGUGGUGGAGACUCCGCAGAGGGAGAAACUAG